CCGCGUCGUAGCGGACCCCUGACGAGUGCAGGGUGUGUCUAGAAACCGCCAGGGGCUGAGGUUUUAGAAGGAAAAAAAACCGUAGGGAUACUUUUGAGGAAGCCUGUGUCCCAUGAACCGUGGUUUCGAAGUGCGGAGACGUACUGAUUUGCCCUGUUCCAAAAUGGCGGUACGGCUUCUCUGCCUCGCUUCCGUUCAUCCGCCGGAGAAACGCUCUCUGAUUGGCUAGAGCACGGCGUCGUCGUGAGACACGUAGCGCGCUGACCAAUCAGGUGUGAGCUGAGCUGGACUUGGUAGUGCGAGCUUGGGUCCGGCUGUUGUAGCUGUGGGCACGGAAGGCUCUGGCCAGUUCCCCUUUAGACCAUGGCAACAUAUCUGGAGUUCAUUCAGCAGAAUGAAGAACGGGAUGGUGUGCGUUUCAGUUGGAAUGUAUGGCCUUCUAGCCGCCUUGAAGCCACGAGAAUGGUUGUUCCCCUGGCUUGUCUCCUCACUCCUUUAAAAGAACGUCCAGACCUGCCUCCUGUACAGUAUGAACCUGUGCUUUGUAGUAGGCCAACCUGCAAAGCUAUUCUCAACCCACUUUGUCAGGUUGAUUAUCGAGCAAAACUUUGGGCUUGUAAUUUCUGUUUCCAAAGAAAUCAGUUCCCUCCUGCAUACUCAGGCAUAUCUGAGGUGAAUCAGCCUGCUGAGUUGAUGCCCCAGUUUUCUACAAUUGAGUACAUGAUACAGAGAGGUGCUAGGUCCCCUCUGAUCUUCCUCUAUGUGGUUGACACAUGCCUGGAGGAAGAUGACCUUCAAGCACUCAAAGAGUCCCUGCAGAUGUCCCUGAGUCUCCUGCCUCCAGAUGCUCUGGUUGGUCUUAUCACCUUUGGGAGGAUGGUGCAGGUUCAUGAGCUAAGCUGUGAAGGAAUCUCCAAAAGUUACGUUUUCCGUGGGACCAAGGAUUUAACUGCCAAGCAAAUACAGGAUAUGCUAGGCCUGACCAAACCAGCUAUGCCUAUGCAGCAAGCAAGACCUGCUCAACCUCAGGAGCACCCUUUUGUUUCCAGCAGAUUUCUGCAGCCCAUUCACAAAAUUGACAUGAACCUCACUGACCUUCUUGGCGAGCUGCAGAGGGACCCAUGGCCAGUGACUCAGGGGAAGAGGCCUUUGCGAUCCACUGGUGUUGCUUUGUCCAUUGCUGUUGGCUUGUUGGAGGGUACUUUUCCAAACACGGGAGCCAGGAUCAUGCUGUUCACUGGAGGUCCCCCAACUCAAGGGCCUGGCAUGGUGGUUGGAGAUGAAUUGAAGGUUCCAAUUCGUUCCUGGCAUGAUAUUGAGAAAGAUAAUGCACGAUUCAUGAAAAAGGCCACCAAGCACUAUGAGAUGCUUGCUAAUCGAACUGCCACGAAUGGUCACUGCAUUGACAUUUAUGCUUGUGCCCUUGAUCAAACUGGACUGUUAGAGAUGAAGUGUUGUCCAAAUCUUACUGGAGGGCACAUGGUGAUGGGAGAUUCUUUCAAUACUUCUCUCUUCAAGCAGACAUUCCAAAGAAUUUUUAGUAAAGAUUUUAAUGGAGAUUUCAGAAUGGCAUUUGGUGCUACUUUGGAUGUAAAGACUUCUCGGGAACUGAAGAUUGCAGGAGCUAUUGGUCCUUGCGUAUCUCUGAAUGUGAAAGGGCCGUGUGUGUCAGAAAACGAGCUUGGAGUUGGUGGUACAAGUCAAUGGAAGAUCUGUGGUCUGGAUCCCACAUCCACACUUGGCAUCUACUUUGAAGUUGUCAAUCAGCACAACUCCCCAAUUCCCCAGGGAGGCCGAGGCGCCAUCCAGUUUGUGACACAGUAUCAACAUUCCAGCACCCAGAAGCGCAUCCGAGUGACCACCAUUGCCCGCAAUUGGGCAGAUGCACAGAGCCAGCUCAAGCACAUAGAAGCAGCGUUUGACCAGGAGGCCGCAGCAGUCCUGAUGGCACGGCUUGGAGUGUUUCGGGCAGAGUCGGAAGAAGGGCCUGACGUGCUGCGGUGGCUGGAUCGACAACUCAUCCGCCUGUGUCAGAAGUUUGGACAGUACAACAAAGAAGACCCUACUUCUUUCAGGUUAUCGGAUUCUUUCUCUCUGUAUCCUCAGUUCAUGUUUCAUCUGAGAAGAUCUCCAUUUCUUCAAGUGUUUAACAACAGUCCCGACGAGUCAUCUUAUUACAGACACCACUUUGCCCGGCAGGAUCUGACUCAGUCCCUCAUCAUGAUUCAGCCCAUUCUCUACUCUUACUCCUUCCAUGGACCCCCAGAGCCGGUGCUCUUGGACAGCAGUAGCAUCCUCGCAGACAGAAUCUUGCUGAUGGACACCUUCUUCCAAAUUGUCAUUUAUCUUGGGGAGACUAUAGCCCAGUGGCGGAAAGCUGGCUACCAGGACAUGCCGGAAUAUGAAAACUUCAAGCACCUUCUGCAGGCACCACUGGAUGACGCUCAAGAAAUCUUGCAAGCUCGUUUCCCGAUGCCACGCUAUGUCAACACGGAGCAUGGUGGCAGCCAGGCUCGUUUCCUUUUGUCCAAAGUCAACCCAUCUCAGACACACAAUAACCUGUAUGCCUGGGGACAGGAAACUGGAGCACCCAUCCUCACUGAUGACGUCAGCCUGCAGGUGUUCAUGGAUCACUUGAAGAAGCUGGCUGUGUCCAGUGCCUCUUAACCUCAGGGUGUGGCCAGGAAAUUGAGAAAAACACUGUCAGAUUGUGCUUACAAUUGUUCUUAAAAGACUUACUGACAUUCCUUUCACCUUCCUGGUGAAUUUUAGUAAGUAAUCCAAGGAAGUUUUGUAUGUAUGUCUUUAGAUUAUAAUUUAUUUGUAUUCCUUAUCUCUGCUGCUUUUCCUGCAAAUGAAAUUGUAACACCAUAAAUGUUUUGGUAAUUGGAGAUGCUUACUUGUUUUUUGUAUUCUCACGUUAGAGUCUCUAUAAAAUGAGAGCUUAUGUGCUUUGGCUGCUUGUGUAAAUGAAAAUUGUUAUGAUCAUAAAGGAAAUUAAUCUGGGUGAAGAAAGCACAGGAUAAAAUAAUACUGAUUUGAAAUCUGUCUUUUGAGAGCUCAGUGAGGACAUAUGUAUUUGUGUGUGUGUGUGUGUUUGAGAGAGAGAGAGAGAGAGAGAGAGAGAGAGAGAGAGAGAGUGUGUGGGAGAGAGAGAGAGAGAUGGAUUUCUUCAGUAGUUAUCCUGGGCUUAAUCCUCAUCCACUGUAUGAAUGUUCAGAAACCAGGGACCAGUAUGAAAUGUGUGAAGCCACUGAGAGAGUGUGGCUUGGAGGGCACCACCCUGACUCACGGUUAACUGCUUUGAUACCAGUCCAGCCCAGAGGACAUCAGAAAUGGGUGAUAGGCUACAAGGGGCUCCAGUGGAGUGGUGACACAUUUAUCCUGGGCACCAAGUAAAAUAACAUGAACAGGUACUGUUUUUUAAUCAAAGUAGUAUAUAUGUAUGGUCAAAACAAAACUGUCACCUUACUUUAGUAACGGUUCCCUCCACUCCCUAAACCUAAACCUCUUCAGAGGUAACAUUUCCUGACAUGUUUUUGCUGUUCAAUUUUAUCCACUGUUUUUGAAUUCCUGAUUUCAUACACUAAAGAUAUUGAGGGGAAAUAAAUCUGCCCUCCAAUUUUUGUGAGCUAUACCUUUAUUUUUAUAUGACAAUACGGAUCAAGUGUACAUUCAGGCUUAUAGCCAUAAUUCUGUCCUUGUCUCCAAGUUGGUUGUGACAACUAAUAAAAGGCAUUUACACUGUU